AUGGCCGAGAAAAAAAACACAUCCAGUUAUGGGUCAAUUCCAAGCAACAUUCGGAUUGACAGUGGAGUUGGCUCCCCGCCAAUCAGUCCGCUGAUGUUGCGUGUGAAUAAAGACAACAAUGCGCUUAAAGGCUGGGAGUUUGCCGGCUGGGGCAACAAUUCAUCAGCGGUGGCAAGUGACAGCGAGCUAAAUGAAAUUCAGGCGCAUCUCUCCAUGGACCACCCGAAGCUAUCAGAGUGGCUAGCGACUGCAAUUUGCGGUAACGAUAUUUUGUCUAGCUGUCUGUAUGUGUCGGGGCUCGUGGCCUCUAAGGCUGGCAAACUGGCACCUUUAGCUCUUGCUGUCGUGGCUGGCAUCUUGUAUCUAUAUCGUUUCAUUUAUGGUGAAGUACUAAAUGCCGUGCCGCUUAAUGGAGGCUCGUACAAUGUUCUCCUUAACACCACGUCAAAGCGCCUGGCUGCCAUGGCUGCAUCGCUUGCAAUCUUGUCGUACAUUGCUACUGGAGUGGUCUCCGGAACGUCGGCCUGCAACUACUUGGCAGCACAUGUACCGUCACUUCAGAUCGUACCGGCUACUAUCGGACUUCUGUUUCUCUUUUCAAUUUUAAGUCUGAUCGGCAUCACGGAGAAUGACUUUCGGACUUUGCAGGCGAACUUUGAUACGACCUUUCCAGACAUCAACCUAGCUGGCGACAUCAUCCCAGGCAACUUUCUGACAGCCAUCUUCUUUGGUACGUCAACUGCUAUGCUUGGUAUCUCGGGCUUUGAAACGUCUUCGCAGUUUGUGGAGGAGCAGGCAGAAGGAGUCUUUCCAAAGACAUUACGGAAUAUGUGGUGGGGUGUCGCUAUUUUCAACCCGAUGAUCUCCUUGCUUUCCCUUGGUGUUUUACCGCUGAACGGCCCUGGCGGUAUCAUCGAUAAGAAAGACACUGUAUUGGCUGAAAUGGGACUGAAAGUGGCAGGCGAAAGAAUGCAGCUUAUCGUGGCGUUAGAUGCAUUCGUCGUACUUUCAGGUGCUGUCUUAACGGCAUACGUCGGCGUUGUUGGUCUUAUGCGUCGGCUUGCUAGCGAUCGCGUGGUACCGGAGUUUUUGCUCCAAGUCAACAAAGCGCGUGGAACAAACCACUUUAUUAUUGUCGGCUACUUUUUGGUGGCUACGAGUUUGGUUUUGAUUUUGUAUGGUGAUACAGAGACUUUAUCGGGUGUAUACACGUUCGCUUUCUUGGGCCUCAUGACGCUAUUUGGUACUGGCUGCAUGCUAUUAAAGUACAAGCGCGCUGAGAUUCCGCGCACGGUGAUUGCACCCUGGUGGAGCUGUAUACUAGGUGUGUCGUUGGUUGUGACUACGUUCAUGGGUAACCUGCUAGGCGAUCCUACGAUAUUAACAUACUUCGCGCUAUACUUCAUUGCCGUGUUGUCGCUAGUGUAUAUCAUGUUUGAGCGCACAUUUUUGCUACGAAUGUGUCUAUAUUGUAUGCGACAAUUAUGCCCAUCGCAACGUAAUGAUGAUGAGAACGAGACUCACUCGCUACGCACUGGUGCGCGUGGCGGUCAGACUAUUGCUCGAGUCAUUCGUGAGAUCAACGAGCCGGCUAUUUUCUUUUUCUGCAAGACGCCCAAUCUUAAUGUUAUUAACAAGGCUAUUUUGUAUGUGCGCAAUAACGAGCAGACGCAUACGCUGUUCAUUGUGCACUGCCAUCCUCGCGGUACGGCUGUUCCCGAAGGCUUUAAAGAGACGGUCUCAAUGUUCAACCAUGUGUAUCUUAAAAUCAAGCUCAACUUUAUAAGUGUUGAAGGUCCGUUCGGCCCCGCCAUGAUUGAGUGGGUCUCGCGCAAGUACAACCAGCCUAAGAACCUUAUCUUUAUUAAGCAGCCCAAUCACAACUUUGCGCACACUAUCGCGUCACUCGGCGGUGUUCGGGUGAUCACCGGAUAA